CAUGCAGGGGGAAGGUGCUAAAGUUCCUGUGUGGAUCCCCAUCAGUGCCAUCAGCACUUCACAGCAAGAGGGAUACCAUUUCCAUCAGGCUCAGUGGGUCAGUGGAACACGCGUCUCCACAGAGCCGUUCCAAGCCCAGGGGAUGACAGGGGUGGCACGGCGGAAUUAUCAGCGCCUGCUGGACUUGAAACAGCCAGAUGUUCACCUCCCAACUAUCUUUGAUCCAGCUUUAAUGGCAGAACUAAAUGCAGUCUCUGAAAAAGUGCUGGGGCAUGUGAAGUAUGCGGCUUUUCAUUUCACUGGCAGAGACACUGGGGAGAAGUUUAGCUUGGAAUAUGUUGAGCCUGGUUGCCGCCCAGUUCCUCUAGACUGGGAUAAGCACAGGAGCAAGACAGACUUAACACCUGCCCUGAAUCCCCCUCCUCAAAGCAGCCCACCCACUGCCCAGGCUGAGCUUCCUCAGUCAUCUUCCAGCUCACCAGCCAAGCUGUUUCAGUUUGCUGCAUGCCCUCCUGCUGUUAAACCAGACGUGACUCCAAGUUCAACUCCUGAGCCUCAGACACGGCCAGAAACCAGAAGUCCGCUGUCUCUCCCCUUGCUUUCCUCACCAUCUGGUGCACUGGACCUGUGAAGACAGGUAGGAGGGUGUUUGUGUUGGACCACAAGCGCUGGCCAACCCCUAUGAAAAAGGCUAUUGACGACCUGCUUAAUAAACACCGUGGCCAGAAGGACGUGCUCAAGCUUGUAGACCAGGACUAUGCUGGUCUAGUUCACAACUCCUGUAAAGACCCAAACAGCAUGCUCCACCCAACAGCCAAACUACAUAUUGCACAGUAUUUAAAGCACCUCAGCAAACUGUUAAACACCAGCUCCUCUUUAAACACCAGCCCGGAAAAACUGCAAGAGAGGCAGGAACUCUUGCACUCUCUGACCAAGGGGAGUACGACUACCAGUGUCUAUUGAGAAAAUAGUUAAAAACAUAAUGGACAAG